UAAAUUGUAUCAUAUUAAAAUCAAUGAACUAGGAGAAAAAAAUAAUAAAAAUUUGCAUUUAAAUUAAUUUAAUCUGUUAUUAUUGAUCAAAAUUUUUCUGUGGUUACAACUUGUAAUUACGUACACGUCAUAAGUUUAUCCUACAAUUAUUGCUAAAACUUAGUUUUGCAAAAGAAUUUCGAAAUAAGUUUGACCAAAAUAUGGAGACGUUAUAUCAUCAGACAAAUAAAUUGGUUCAAGAAACGCAACUUCUUUUUUCGCAAUUGGAAAAAAGAUCUCCUAACCUGGAUUUAAAGGAAAUAGAAAAUGCCAUAGAAUUCAAAAUCAGUCUGAUCAACAGUAACUGUGAACGACUAGAUGUACUUUGUUUAAAAGGAUCCAUUUCGCCUAUUUCGCCUUUCAAAAGACAAAAUGCAAAAAUGAGAGUCGAUCAACUUAAAUACGACAGCCGUCAUUUGAAUGCUGCGUUAAAUAGUUGGAGAAAUCAAUUAAUUAGAAAGCAACAAGAAGAAGCAGAGCGGGAAGCAUUAUUGUCGCAAACAUUUACUGCGAAUGAUCACAUUGAUAUUAUGAUAGAUCAAAAUACACAACAUAAUUAUAGUUUACGAAAUGCAGUAAAUGGUGUAGACGAUCUUAUUUCGCAUGGAACAGGAAUCUUAGAUAGUCUAAGAUCGCAAAGAAUUACUUUAAAAGGAGCUCACAAACGUUUGAUAGAUAUCGGUAACACUUUAGGUCUUUCAAAUACAACUAUGAGGCUUAUAGAACAUAGAGCUCGUCAAGAUGGAUUUAUUUUAGUCGGCGGUAUGCUUUUUACAUGCAUAGUGAUAAUCCUAGUCAUUAUUUAUCUUACGUAGAAAGAGAAAGGACAUAAACAAUGAUAAACGUGUUUAUAUACAUGCUUGAUACACUCCAACAAAUAUAUUUAAUAUUGCCUUAUUUAAAGUAUUAAGAUUUUGAUUUUGAUGCGAUCCAUGUGUUAAAAUUAUUAGGAAAAUUUUAAUAUAAAUAUUUGUAUAUAUUUAAAUAAAUGAGACUCUAGAGAUCUAGAGAUCAACGUAGUAAUUUCAGACUGAAAAAAAUACAUUCUAUAAUGGUUUCACGA